AUGGAGAGCUUUGUCUAUGAGUGCUCUCUUCUGUCCACAGACGGCUACAAGGACCGUGCUAUUUUCUAUCCUGGUGAGAUUCAUCUCAAGUCGGUGACACGAAAGGAUUCCGGCACAUAUACCUGUGAGGUCCUUAGCAGUGAUGGGAAGUUCUCCGAAUCCCAAGUGGAGCUUGUUGUUCAAGUGCCGCCCUCCAAGCCAAAGGCCCAGGUGCCUUCCGUGGUCACCAUUGGCACCAAAGCUGUCCUGAAGUGCGUGGAGACGGAUGGCAACCCGCGCCCCACCUUCAAGUGGUUCAGAGACAACAUCGAGAUGCCCGCAGACCCGCAGACCAGCACCUUGUUCAAGAAUUCAUCCUAUUCCCUCGACGAGAAGACAGGGGUGCUGGCUUUUGAGCCCGCAACUGCCUUUGACGCUGGAGACUACUACUGUGAGGCAGUGAACAAAGUAGGGUCUCCUCAGAAGUCAGACAUCGUGCACAUGGAUACUAGCAAAAUAAACGUGGGUGGCAUUGUGGCAGGUGUGGUGGUCCUUCUGCUCCUGCUGGGUCUGGUGAUCUUCGGCGUCUGGUUCGCUUACAGCCGAGGCUACUUCAGCAAAGGAAAAGACACCACCAAUAAGAAGGUCAUUUACAGCCAGCCUUCCAACCGAAGUGAUGGUGAAUUUAAACAGACGUCUUCUUUCUUGGUUUGACUGCUGCCCUCACCCUGUCUUACAGCGUGUAUUAUUCUUCCUCCAAGGCUGUUGUAAAUUUUCUUUACAGAUCUUUGUAAUUAAGAGUGAUUUUAAAUGUGUUUUUUUUAAAGAAAAGAUUUAGUCUGCCUUGUUAUUGUUGUUUUGAAUGAGUGCCUUAAAGUCUACUGUCCUACCAGGUGAAACUUCAUUGAACAUCUGGCCAUUGAGCUGCUAUAAUUCUGAAUUCUGGACUCCUAGAUGAAUCUUUUGGCCACUGAAAAGUGACAUCUUGUGAUCACAAAGUGAUUUAUAACAAGAUCACAACCAGUAGCUGUGAAAACAUUGUGGCCUUCUUGGGUGGCUUGUUGAAGUCACCCACCCAGUCGUCGGGUACCUUGCUUUUCUUUUAAAGAGAACCAGGUAGUGAUUUAGAGGCUGAACUGCUCCCCUGGAAGCAAGAAAAAGAAGAGACCAACGUGGAGCCAGAUCUGACCCAUACAUCUGCUACUCUGCUUAUGCAUUCAGUUCUUGAGUGGGUCUAAACGGCAUCUCCCUGCUGCUAUGGUCCAGCGCCAAACCAGAUGCAGGGUCAGCCGACAGAAGCCACUGGGUCUAAUAAGGGGUUCGGACUGUAGCUGAUCCUAGUGUGGCGUUUCUGUAGGGGGCAGGUGGGGAACCUUGGCCCUCCAGAUGUUUUUCAUCUGCAACUCCCACCUACCCUUAAGGGAUCAUGGGAGUUGUAGUCCAACAUAUUUGAAGGGCCAGUUUCUCUACCCCAUCAUAGAGACUUGAGUAAGAGCUCUCUUUGUGAUCAGCGUGUUUUAGACUUGACAUUAUGAACUUCUGUGCCUUUAUAAAUAUCCAUUGUGGCAUUCUUGUACAAUUUUAUAUGCUGGACACAGAACUAGAAAUAAAUGUAUUUUGUUUGA